AUGCAAGAAGAAUCGGACAAAGCCCAGUGUGACGAGUUAAGACCAAAGUGCGGGAGAUGUCAACGCACAGGAAUAGAUUGCUCGCUCACCGAUCCCACCUCCGGCUUGAUACUAAUCCCUGCCAAAGGUCAAACCCACCAGAAAAGACAGGCUUCGACCGGGUCUCCUGACAGCAACAUCACUUUAGUUGCUCCGUAUUCGAAUUAUAGCUUUGACGCCAGGGAAAGUCUUGAAAGCCCCACGUCUCAAUUCCCUGGCAGCACCAAGCAAACAAUAGUCGAAAUCAACUUCACAGAUCUUGAGCGAGAACGACUACAGCUGAUGAGCCACUACACACUGCACACUGCGGGAAGCAUCACGCAAGUCACGGUACCCCGUGAUGGGGAUCUGUCUAUUUGGAGCCAAUGGGUUACCGGGCUGGCCUUCGAGAACGACUUCCUCCUGCACGGUCUGUUGAGUUUAAGCGCGCUCCAUCUCGAACUCUGCGGCGUCUCGACACAGAAGAACACAGUCGCUGCAAUCCGCCACCAUCGCCUUGGCGUCACAUUGUUUCUGCCCUACAUUGACAAGACUCCCAUGGGCAAUUUCGACGCUGUCUUUGCCUUUUCCUGGCUUGUUUCGCUGUAUUCUUUCGGCAUCCAGCGAUCAUCGAAGCCCGGCAACAACACGAUCGCGAACAUUCAUCAAGUCUUGACCCUAAUUCGCGGCACAUCACACCUUAUUAAGACGAACCUCGAGGCAGCUCGCCGGAGUCGUUGGUCCAUGUUGUUGCUACCCGCCGGUUGCCCAUCCUCAGACGUUCUUCCCCAAGAUAUGGAAGACAUGCUCUCCAAGCUGCUGCAACGCGCCUCGACAACGUUCUGCUCGACUAGCCAGCUCCCUGUGUAUACGUCGGCCAUUGAAGCGCUGCGUUUCAUCCUGGCCAUCUGGAUCACAUGUCCGCGCGUGCAAUUGACAGUGACUUUGUUUCCUAUCUUGACCGCUGCCGAGUAUUUGGCAAUGGUAGCGGCGGGGGAGCCUUUGGCUCUUGCUAUUCUAGCCAACUAUGCUGUCGUUUUGUUCUGGUUGAGACACAAUGUCUGGAUGAAAGGAUGGGGAAAAGAGACAGUUGACGCUGUCUGCCAGGCCUUGCCACCAGAAUGGCAGGAUUGCAUUGCCUGGGCUAAGCAAGAGACACAAUGUUCAUAA